UAUAAAUAUGUAUAUUUUAGUUUUAACGAAUUUUGGCGAUUGUAAAUGACGGUAAUUUGGCAAAUUUGGCGGGAGAAGUUCAAAAUGGCGAUAGAAGAGGAUAUCGUAGUGGAGAAAAAGAUAAAUUUACCAUGGGUAGAAAAGUAUCGGCCAGCAAAAUUAAAUGAAUUGAUUUCUCAUGAAGACAUCAUAAAUACAAUAAAUAAGUUUAUACAAGAAGAUCGACUCCCUCAUCUUUUGUUUUAUGGUCCUCCGGGUACCGGUAAAACUUCUACUAUAUUAGCAUGUGCAAAACAAAUUUAUAGCCAAAAAGAAUUUGGAUCCAUGGUAUUAGAGUUAAAUGCGUCAGAUGACCGGGGUAUCGGAGUUGUUAGACAGCAGAUCCUUAAUUUUGCAAGUACACGAACAAUAUUCAAAUCUGGUUUCAAGCUUGUUAUAUUAGAUGAAGCUGAUGCAAUGACACAGGAUGCUCAAAAUGCUCUUAGAAGAGAUAUAAACAAACUGAAAACUUUAAAAGGUCUUGCCUUACAAGAUAUUUUAAAUCAAGUUCAUUUAUACAUUCAUAGAAUUGAGUUCUCUCCUAAUGUGAAAAUAUACUUGCUGGAUAAGAUGGCAGAUAUAGAGUAAGUAUUUAAACAUAUUUAUUUUAUUUAUUACAAUAUUGAUGAAGUUUAAUUAAAUUUCUAAUAUAUUCUUUACAAAUUAAUUUAUACAUAAAUUAUACAAAAUUUUGCAUAAUUUGUGAAAUUGGCACAUCAAUUGCUUACUUCGUGAAUUGGGCAAAUUUUCUAUUUCAUAAAAAAUAGACAAUUCAAAUUUAGCCUAUUUUGUGAAAUUGUCAUUUUAUAUUUUCUAAUAAGACUUCUGUCUUAUUCACUCAUUGAGUUAUGGACUAGAAAAUGCUAAGCAAAGAUAUAUUUUAGUAUUGUCUUCUUGAAAAUUAUUUUAUGGUGUAUUAUAUUUUCUUAAUGAUAUACUAUACUUUAUAAUGAACAUGUUACAUUAAAUGCUAGAUUAGGGCGUAAGUAUUUAUAAUAAAAAAUAUUAAGUAUUCACAGCAA